CACACCGAGUAUACAGUGCAUGCCACUGAACCGGUUUUCUGGAGACGCCACCGAAAUCAGUCACUUUUGCUCUGUUUCAAGUCGAUCAUUCUAAGUAACAUCUUCGAAAAUAACUGCUACAUGGUAUAAAGAUGCCAAAAGUUUGGCACCCCAAGUUUAAGGCUUAUACAAUUAACAGUCGGACAAGGAGGGCCUGUGGGGAGGAGAAGGUUUUGACGCAUAAUUUGUCUGAAGAUGGGCCCGGUGAUCAGUAUACUGUGCCCCUCCGUGAGGCUAGAGAGCAGAUGGAAGUAUCACAGGCUGAUAUCAGGGAUGAUAUUCCCAGCUGCUCAACUCACCAAGCAAUGAAAGAGGCAAAUUUGUCAUCAUGGCAGCUUUGCAGGCAACACAUAGAGGAUGCGUACAUGGAGUCUCUGGUGUCGCAGACAGAGUACUGCUGUUCCUGCAAUGUACAUUGUGAGGAGCAAUAUCUGUGCAAAGACUGUAGUCCUCACAUUGUACGUUGCACGGAGUGCACAAGGGCAGUGCACCAAAAUAACAGCCUGCUCCACAAGCCAGAAAAAUAUGUGGAUGGUGAGCUACAGCCAGUACAGCUCAUCAUCUUAUACAGACGGCAAAACCAUACCUGCAUAAGCAGCUACACAAAGCAGAUGCAAGUAUACGAUGCACUUGGACGUAUUCACGAAUCACAGUUUGCUUUUUGCCGCUGUGAGGCCGAAGCAGUGACUCUUGUGCGUCAUCAUUUUUGGCCUUCAACUCCCCACUCCCCAAGAUCAGCAAUCCAUUUAGAUCUAAUGGAUUUGCUGGUCUUUCUCCUACUUGAGGCAAGAACUUCACUUCAUGCAUCUUGUCAAACGUUAAGAUGGAAAAAUGGCCUAACUGCUGAAGAGUGUAGCACUUUGUAUAGAGUUCUUCACAACGAGACAUUUGAAGAGUACAGACAUUUUAAGUAUCAAGUGUCAUCACUUCAAGUAGUAUCGCCCUCUUUGGAUGAUGGAACAGCUUGUCCUGCAUGCCCCACUGUCAACGGUUCACUGUUCUUAUGUCUGGAUGGCAAUUUUGGCCUGGUCCGGAAAAGUAACUCCGGAUUUAGUACCAACCCCCCGAAGCAUAAAACCCGUAUGUUUGCUGACUCCAAAGAUGUGGAUGAGUUUGUUGGCAACCAGACAGAGGACAAAGACCCAGAACAGGACUGUAGUAUGUUUCAGGCUGGCGAUAUCUUGAGAUCUAAAAACAAAGCCCGGGGUUUAACUUCAACUGGUGUCUUUGGCUGCUCUUGCCGUCAUGGAAUGCCCAAGUUGUUUUUGGAUAUGAGACAUGGAGAACGGAUGGCAUAUUCUGUGUUUGUAGUAAAUCUGCUCAGAGCAGAAUUGAACCCCGGACUAAAACUCCAUAUCAUAUAUGACAUUGCCUGCAAGCUUGACAGACACCUGGAGAGACACUAUCCAACAGACCGCUAUUCAGAUGUUAUCUUGGGCCUUCCAGUGUUCCACUCAUAUGGUCAUAAAAUGAAUUGCCAGGUCCAAUACAGCACGCGCUGGAAGCAGGGUUUCGGCUUGACAGAUGGGGAGACCAUGGAAAGACUCUGGUCAUACCUGAGACGAUUCUCUGCCAUCACGAAAGAGAUGACUCCCUCACACAGGGUUGACCUCUUGACUGAUGGCCUUCUCCAUUUUGCAAGGAGAAAAAGAGAUUCACUUGGUCACAGUUUGGUCAGUAGCAUGGAGAAGGCAUACAACACUGUAGAAAAGUCUCAGCUUGAGCUUGAUACCCUGCUUGCUGAGUGGGGAGUUUCCCAUGCUGCAGUCAAGGAAGCACAGGCAGCAGACAGGCUUCAUGCUGAACAGAAGCCAUCAAAUAAAAAGCAAAAAACUGGUUGGCGUGAAGAGUAUGUACAUCUACUUAUGAACUAUGACCAACAUCUCGACCAGGUGCAAUUGUGCAGCGAUCCCAAAAGGACGCGUGUUCUUAUAACACAGAGUGAACAAUUGUCUGCCAAACUGCUGUCAACAGAGGCAAAGUACCACAUUCCAAACAGAUGGACUUCGGACUCGAAGGACUACCGUGUAGCUCGUACCAGUCUGGAGAGAAGAAAACAACAGGAUCUGCUUCAGAGAUUGUGGCGAGAAUCGGUAGAAUACAGGUUUUGCCUGAACACUAAAAACAAGUACAGUGAGGGACAGGCAAUUGCCCAAAGGAUAUCAAAACAAAUCUCCCGGGCAUCAAAGGCCAUCAAGCGCACUGUUACUGUGUACAAUAAUGAGAAGUUCACUCUGGUUGGCCCACGGUCCAUUAUCCUGAAGGACGCCUUUGACCCUAGUGGACACCUUUAUGCUGAGAUGGACAUGGUUAGUAAGCACACGGACCAGACACGACUGCCAGACGCCAUCCGCCGGAAAGCGGUAGAUUUGCAAAAUCUACUGGACAGGGCUUCUGAGGAGAAGUCCAUCCUGACCCAAGAAAUGAAAAACGUCCUAGAAUUCACCAGGUCUCAGCUGAGGGGCUACCAGCAGGCUAGUGCAACUUGCCUUAGGGAGGGUCAAUUAGGCAAGGGAGUUCUCCUCAGGGCCAAAAUUAACGACCUAGCUAGAAAUUUGGAAAAUUAUAAGGCAUUGUUUGAACCUUCCUUUCAUGACACUAUGCCAAGUGCUUACUUGUAUGAUUGGGAUGAUAUGAGUGAUGAUGACGACAGUGAUGAAGAUGACAGCGACGUCGAGGAUAUAAUUAAUGUAUAAGUUCAAUACAGAGUUGUGGUUCCAGUUUACAGUUGAGCACAUAAUGAAGCACUGUGGCCCUCCCCAUCCUUCUCACUGCAGAAUUUCAUUCAAGGGAAUAUACAACAUCGGCAAACAUCGGAAAAAAAACUACAUGUAUCAAGUUUUACGAAAUUCUUUUCUAGGAUGAUGGUAAAUGACAGUCUAAAGCACCCUGUAAAAGUAUGUCACAUGGUAUGAAGUCAUUUUCAAGAAAAUGAACUGUUUGUAUACAUUUCCAACGGUGGCUGGCCGACCAUCAUUGGAAAAACCUAACUAUCUUUCCACUACUACUCCAAAUUUACGAUUUUUUUUUUUCAUUCCAAAUUUUGUUUGCUGUUGGUUACAUGUUCAUGAACGGGUGGAGGCCAGU